GAAUAAAUGUAAGAAAUGAAGGAAUUCCUGGUCGGGUUGGAUCUUUGGACCGCAGUCCAUAAUAACUACUACGGAGAAAAACAGAUGAGUUCAUCAGCUUGGGAUCCGGAGUAUCUGCUGGAUAUUAAUUAAAUGCGACUGUUGGAGCUAUUUAUUCUUUAUUUCUUUAUCCAUUUGAAUUUUGUUAGUUUAUUCUUACAUUUCUAGUUUUUGUAUUAUUUACAGAGUUUAUUUGCAGGUUAAUAAUUGUUGAUUCUAUUUAUCUUUUGUUUUAUUAUUUGUUAUUUAUUCGUUUUCUAAAGACAGGAAGUGAGGUGGAUCAAUCCACUUUCUAUAAGCAGCAUGAAAACAAGACAAAGUUUGAACUCUGUAAUUGUUUAGCUGAAACAAAAUAAAUCAUCCAGAACAACAAGACAAGUUUGGACAGUGAACCUUCUUUUGCCUGCAUAUGGAAAACUUGACCCCAGUGCCUUAUAGUGGCUUCAUGGAACAGGAUGUUUGGUUUGGCCCACAAUGGCCACUACAGCAAGUAAAAACCUCCGCAUGGAUCAAGUAAGGAACCAACUCGUGGACUAAAAGGAAUAAUCCCUCAUCAAUGGACAUGUUGGGUGUAUGGAUCUCAAGGAUUACCGUCAAACAAAAGGUUUUGGAUCGUGUUGAAAUCAAGCAUCGGGCCUGGAUCGACACGUCACUCAUUCAUCAAACUGGUACGUGGCAAUAUUGUUCAAGCCGUAAAGGAAAACGAUGAAACUACUGGAGUUUAAAGACAUUAUUUCACUGCAAAGACUGAUGAGAUGAUUUGAUGUGACAACUUGAAGCUUAAUUGGAUAAAGACGUGUGCCGACGCCCAUCAUGGAAAUGUUUGUUCACACGAAUCAACCUCUUAAACAAAGAGACACGUUUGUGAUUUGUCCUGUGGAUUCCUUGUGGAUUAUGCUGCUUUUAAAUGUUUGAAAUAAUUCAAAGAAUCGCUAAAAAUGUCUGAUGUAAAGAGCAAAGAGGAUGACACUCAGAUGUCGCAAGAGAAACGAAACAUCAAAUUCACGCCAAAGGGUUUGGAGUUUUACAUAAAAACAUGUCAAGAAAAACGAAGUUUAAAGUGUAAACAAGCUUCAAAAUUAGUGGAGAAAAUUUCCGCAUUAAUGACGUCACAAGAAAAUGUUAAGAAAGUGUCUUCUGACUUUGUCAAGUUUAUUAAAUGCUAUCAAGAUGCAACCGAUUUACAUGAAUCCGUUUUAAGCUUGCCAUUACCAGAAGAAGAAGUGAAAAGGCAAUCUGUGUAUUUUCAGUCCAAGGUGACGACAUUCUCUGAUUUUAUGGACAAUAUAAAGGUUUGGUUGCAUGAAGCAGGAGAUUCAUAUACUGAACAGAAAAAUAAUGUUGAUGAUGAUCAGGUUGCAGAUCUGGAUGAAAUAAAUCCUGAAGACAGUGUCUCUAAUAUUUCAAGUGUAAAGCCACGUUCAAAAACAUCUUCACAGCAGUCUUGGACUUCAUCUACCUCUUCUGCUCGCAUUAAAGCUGCGGCUGAAAAGGCAGCGUUCAUGGAGAGAUUGGCCGCGUUGGACAAAAGACAUCUGAUCCAAGCUCAAGAGGAAAAACUGAGAAAAGAAAAGGAAAAAUUAGACUUGGAAACAGAGUUGGCAGCAACUAAUGCAAAACUUAAUGUUUUGAACAUAAACUCAGUUGCUGGUUCUCAACGAUCCGAUGGAAUGAACUCUUAUUUUGAAAGAGCCCAAGUAAAGGACACACCUCUGCUAAAUCCUGGCGCUGAUGAGUUUGUUCCGAAAGAAAGAACAAAUUUUUCAUCUGACUCUCCUGUCGUCAGACCUAAACAGAGGCAGAAACAACUUCAAAUGGAUCAGAUGUGCACAACAACAGAAAUUUACAACUGAAAUGCCUUUCUGAGUAUUUACCUUUGAUGCAGGAAAGACAAAAAUGGACAAGAACUAAAAGAUGUCUCACUCCUUAGACUUAGACUUAGACUGACUUUAUUGUCAUUUUGCAUGCACAGGGUGAAUACAGAGCGAGAUUUCGUUGCAUACGGCUCAGGACAAUGUUUUGAG